AUGAGCUCAACUCCACCGAAUCCGCCUUUGGGACGGACGCCCCCAGGAGGGCCGAAUGGACCUUUCAUGGUCAGACGGCGGCCCAAACCGGCCGACCCUCUCGUUCGACCGAAAAAACGACCUAUCCCACGACCUACAGCUCCUGGAAUGAGUCAGGGCCACGGAAAUGGACAGGGCCAGGUUCGACCUUUGGCAGCAAACGGGACGUCGACUCUUCCACUCCAGCCUCCUCGACCUCAACCCCAGACAAGCGCGCCAUCACAGCCAAAACCCAUCCCGAGUGCUGAUGACCUUACUGCCAACGGCUUCAGUGGCCCGUUGCUGUCAGAGACCUUUUCUGACUACCCACUGGUUACAACGAAACGCGCCCUGCGAGAAGGACUAAGGCAUCACAUCGCAAAGCUGAUAUCAAAGAAAAGUGUCGAUCCCAGAGAUGAAUCCCAGUUCACGCGUCCUGUACGGCUACAGCGCCGCGACCCAAGGGCAACCACCACAACACCAGCCGUCAACGACAAGGAAGAUUCAAAUCCCCGAAGAGGGUUCCGUGAUCCUAACCAUGGCCUGACCGAGGCUGAACGUGAGGAGCUGGAUGCGAAGAAGGAGGCAAGGGCCAAAGAACGCGAGGAUAAUUUGGCGCAAAUUGCUCCCUCGGUCAACUCAGGCCCCAAAAAGGUGAAUGCGCCAAAACAGCGGACACAGCAGGUUUUCAAAUCAACCAUAACCCCCGAAGAAGCUGCAAAGUCCCAGAUUAAGUACGAGGAGGCUCUACCCUGGCACCUGGAGGACUUUGAUAAUAAGAACAUAUGGGUUGGGAAAUAUGAGGCCGCCAUGUCGGAGACAUACGCGACAUUUGUCUUGGAAAAUAGUGGGAAGAUGAAGAUGGUCCCUAUUGAUAAAUGGUACAAGUUCACCGCCAAAAAUCAGUUCAAGGUCUUGACUAUCGAAGAAGCGGAGAAGCAUAUGGCAAAAAAGAUUAGAGAUCCGAGGUGGUUCAUGGAAAAGGAGCAAGCUCGUGCCCAGGAGAGAGAGCUUCAACAAUACGCUAGACAGCGGAAAAUUUACACAGGACAGUCCCGAAACGCGCCUGUCACUGAUCGUUUCGAAGGGGAUGAUAUGGACUUUGAUGAAGAUAGAUUUGCCGAUGACGAGGAGCAUGUCGGCCUGUUUGACGAGGAUGAGGACGCCAAAACGGCGGAAAAGCGUAUCAAGCAAGACCAACUAAAGGCAAACAUCUUUGAUCUCAAGGACGAAAAGGACUACGACGAAGAGGAACACCAAGAAAAGAAACACAAGGAGGAUCUCAAAAGCUUCGGCAAGCAGGUCCGAAAGGCAUUGCAGCGACGAGAAAAGAACUUCGACUACAGUAGCGGGUCUGAUGCAAACCCUUAUUCAGAUGACGAGAGUACGGAUGAAUCUGAAAUGGAGCGCCAGAGGGAGGAGCAGAAGAAGCUAGAAGAAGAUCCAAAGCGGAAGGAAAAUCAGUCUGAUAAACUCUCUGGGACGUCAACCAAGGGCACCAAUACUCCGUCAGGCCGACCCAAACACACCGACCCGCUGAAGAGAGCACAGGCUGCCGCCCGGAAACGGCCAGGAUCACCAAAUUUAUCUGACGCGAGUGGUACAGACACGUCUCGCAAGAAGCCCAAAAACAAGCACCUUUCUACCCAGCUCUCAACCUCUCAGCCUGCUUCUCGGCCUAUCUCUCCUGCCCCCCAGGGUCAGCGAAAGAGCUCGGGUGUAGCCAACCCAAACGACACCUCUAAUGCCAACCAAGCAGCAGUUGGAGCGAAGAAACGCGUGCGCAACGGCCCGGGGAAGGCUGGCUCGACUAGUGAUGUUGAAAAAGCUGUGGCCUCUGGACCAGAGAUGAGCGACAGCGCUAUCUCAAAGAGAAUGAAGCUUAAUGUCCCAACCGGGAAAUCAAAUACCGGAACACCAAUAGGCUCUCGUGCUACAAGCCCUACCCCUGCCGGAAAAGCUCUAACAUCGUGUCAUAGGCAUAUCUACCCCAUCUGGCUCAGGAUCUCGACGGGGCUCUGUCUCAGGAGCCAACGCGACGGCCGGGGCACCCCCUGCCUCGUUCCCUACCGCUUCUGA